UGUGUGAGGCUGUCAUCAAGAUGGCUGCCACCUCGACUACACCUGCCCUUCCCAUCUGCCCUAGCGGCUUCGGAUGGGACCCACAACUGGAGGACUGUCUGCCGUACACCCUGUGCGACACGGCGCCCGAUACGUCGAUCUGCUCUGACCUCUCCCAAUCUGGCACGACCGCGGGGAAACCACACACUAGUGAAAACAUCCACUUGUGUCCGGCUGGGAUGGGAUGGAACCAUAUCCUCGAGGACUGCCAAGAGUGCAGUGUUUGUGACGACGCACCGAACACAUCUAUUUGCCCCUACUGUCACACUGGUAAUGUCAAGAUUGGUUUCAUCCCAUUGUAA